ACGACCCCCUCUUCUAGCUUCAUCAUGUCUGACUUGGACGCUGACUUGUACGGAGAUCUCUACGGCAAUGACGAGAACGAGUUUGCUGUACCCACUACGGAGCUUCCUGAACAACCAUCGGGGAAGGAGAACCAUGAACACUUCAAGGAGGAAGAGCAAGGCAGCAUACUGGAGUCCUACCAGGAGCCCCCACCGCCAGUGGCCGCUACAAAAGUAGACCAUGAGGAUGUCAAGCCCUACACCGCACCACCCAGCGCUCCUGCACCCACUAGCACCAUCCCUUCGUACAUGUCUUCACCUGACGUUCAGCAAAUACCUACCUAUGAAGAGAGGCAGCCUUCGGAUCUUCGGGAACCCCCACCACCAAGACUCGAUGCUGGAUAUCCAGGCGUAGCCGGAGUAGACCGACCUGUACGGCCUUCGGAGAUGAAAGAGGAAGGGUGAGUGUGUGUUUCGUACACGUCGCUAACCUGCGCAGCCAGGCCUACCCCCGUGACGCUCGCGCUGUGGCAUGGCUGGGUUGGGUGUCGACUCUGGGUCUUAGAUGUGGGACGAUGGCGAUGCCCCCUGCGGUAGUCACCCUAGCUUCAACUAGCUAGCUCUAGCCCAUGCUCUAGCACAUCUGGCGUCCCUAGGUCUAGGUCUAAGCUAGGCUAGCACCGUCAUGCACAGUAGAGUCGUCCACUUCCUCCUCCCCUUAUCAUGACCCCUUUGUUCUAGGUUACGGAUGCUAAUACCAGC